ACGAAAUUCAUCCGUAUUGGAAUAGCUGACAAGAACGACAAUCCGCCUUACUUUGACAAAGGCCUCUACGAGGCUGAGGUAGAUGAAAAUGAGGAUAUCCAGCAUACGGUCCUCACUGUCACCGCCAAAGAUCAUGACGAGUCCUCGCGUAUUCGAUACGAGAUCACAAGCGGUAACAUAGGCGGUGCAUUCGCCGUGAAGAAUAUGACUGGCGCCAUUUACGUCGCAGGUGCAUUAGAUUACGAGACAAGGAAAAGGUACGAGCUACGUUUAACCGCGUCUGAUAACUUGAAAGAGAAUCACACUACUGUCGUGAUACACGUAAAGGACGUAAACGACAACCCGCCUGUCUUUGAGCGACCAAAUUACAGGACGCAAAUCACUGAGGAAGAUGACAGGACAUUGCCGAAACGCGUACUUGGGGUGACAGCGACCGAUGGUGACAAGGAUAGGAAACAGGAUAUCGUCUACUUUUUAACUGGCCAAGGUAUCGAUCCCGACAAUCCAGCGAACAGCAAAUUCGAUAUCAACCGCACCAGUGGAGAAAUCUACGUUCUGAAGCCGCUGGAUAGGGAUCAGCCGAACGGGAGGCCGCAGUGGCGAUUCACUGUGUUCGCUCAAGAUGAAGGCGGCGACGGUCUCGUCGGCUACGCUGACGUGCAGGUGAACCUGAAGGACAUCAACGACAACCCGCCGAUAUUCCCUCAAGGAGUUUACUACGGGAACGUCACAGAAAAUGGAACGGCAGGAAUGGUUGUAAUGACUAUGACGGCCGUCGACUACGACGACCCCAGCGAAGGCACAAACGCUAAACUGGUUUAUUCCAUUGAGAAGAAUGUGAUUGAGGAGGAAACCGGUUCGCCGAUCUUCGAGAUCGAAGCGGAUACCGGUGUGAUAAAGACGGCAGUGUGUUGUUUGGACAGAGAACGCACACCAGAUUAUUCUAUACAAGUGGUAGCGAUGGAUGGCGGGGGGUUAAAGGGGACGGGAACGGCUUCUAUACGAGUGAAAGAUAUAAACGACAUGCCUCCCCAAUUCACGAAGGAUGAAUGGUUCACCGAAGUCGACGAAACAGAAAGUCCAGACUUACCGGAGAUGCCGAUUCUUACCGUCACUGUACAUGACGAAGACGAGACCAAUAAAUUCCAAUAUAAGGUGAUCGAAAAUAGCGGAUAUGGCGCCGACAAGUUCACUAUGGUGAGGAAUAACGACGGUACGGGAUCUCUGAAAAUCGUGCAGUCGUUGGACUACGAGGACCAAUUGCAGAGCAACGGGUUUAGGUUUAGGAUACAAGUGAACGACAAGGGUGAAGAUAACGACAACGAUAAAUAUCACGUAGCUUAUUCUUGGGUAGUCGUGAAACUGCGCGACAUAAAUGAUAAUCAACCUCAGUUCGAUAAACCGAAUAUCGAGACUACCGUAGCGGAGAAUGCGGAAGUCGGUAGCAGCCUGGAGACGUUCUCCGCCACCGAUCCUGACCAGGGCGGCAAGAGCAAAGUGUACUACUCGAUAGACCGAACCUCCGAUCGUAAAAGGCAAUUCUCGAUUAACGAGACUGGCACUGUGUCGAUUCAAAGAAGCCUCGACCGAGAAGAAACUCCGAGGCACCAGGUGAAAAUCUUGGCCAUCGAUGACGGCAUCCCACCGAAAACCGCGACAGCUACGCUGACGGUGAUCGUGCAGGACAUAAACGACAAUCCGCCACGAUUCUUGAAGGAUUACCGGCCCGUACUGCAGGAGCACUCGCAACAGAAGAAGGUGGUCGAGAUCCUAGCGACGGACGACGACGAUCGAUCGAAGACCAACGGGCCACCGUUCACGUUCAGAAUGGACCCGAAGGCGGACGAUGUGAUCCGUGCCAGUUUCAAAGUUGAAAGCGAUAGCAAGGGGGCGAACGGAGACGGUAUGGCCAUUGUCUCGUCUUUACUGUCGUUUAAUAGGGAGCAACAAAAGGAAUACUUGAUACCGAUCGUUAUCAAAGACGCCGGCACCCCGUCGAUGACUGGUACCAGCACCCUCACCGUUAUAAUCGGCGACAUUAACGAUAACAAGAUGCAGCCCGGAUCGAAAGAUAUUUUCGUAUAUAAUUACGCGGGACAAUCGCCGGAUACGGAAAUAGGCAGAGUUUACGUUUAUGACUUGGACGAUUGGGACCUGCCAGAUAAGAAAUUUUAUUGGGAAGCUUUGGAGCACGCUCAGUUUCGAUUAGACGAGGAUACCGGCAUGAUUUAUAUGAAAUCGGGUACACACGACGGCAGGUAUCAUCUGCGCUUCAAAGUGUACGAUCGGAAGCACACACAAACAGACGUGCCAGCGAACGUGACUGUCACCGUGAAAACAAUCCCUCACGAAGCUGUAUUGAAUUCCGGUUCGGUACGAAUAUCCGGUAUAACUGAUGAGGAUUUCAUCCGCGUGUGGGAUUACAAGUCGCAGACUUUAUCGCGGAGUAAGGCGGAGUUAUUUAGGGACAAGUUGUCGCAUCUGUUGAAUAUCGAUAGAGAAAACGUAGACGUGUUCAGCGUACAAUUGCGUAGAAUGCAUCCCCCACUGACGGACGUUAGAUUCGCGGCUCACGGGUCGACGUAUUACAAACCAGUCAGGUUGAACGGAAUCGUGCUGAUGCAUCGCGAGGAGAUUGAGAAAGAAGUCGGUAUUAACAUAACAAUGGUCGGCAUCGAUGAGUGUUAUUACGAGAACGAAGUGUGCGAGGGCAGUUGCACGAACACUUUGGAUAUAAGCAGUUUACCGUACAUGGUGAAUGCAAACAAAACUGCUCUGGUUGGCGUGCGAGUCGACGUAAUCGCUGAGUGUACUUGCGGAGCGCGGAACUUCAGUAAAGGAGAAUCGUGUAGGAGCAGCCCUUGUUACAAUGGCGGACGUUGCGUCGAGGGGCGGUUUGGAUUAUCGUGCCAGUGUCCAGCUGGUUAUAACGGGCCGAGGUGUCAACAGACGGCCAGGAGUUUCCGUGGUAAUGGGUGGGCUUGGUAUCCCGCUUUGGAAAUGUGUGACAACAGCCAUUUGAGCUUCGAAUUUAUUACCAAGAAACCCGACGGCUUACUUUUAUACAACGGUCCUAUCGUUCCUCCCGAAGCUGACGAAAUUAUGGUUUCUGACUUUAUAUCCGUUGAAUUGGAACGUGGAAUACCUCGAUUGCUAAUAGACUUUGGUUCUGGCACUUUGGAGCUGAAAGUAAAACCGAAGAGAACUCUGGACGACGGAGAAUGGCACAGAUUGGACAUCUUUUGGAACACGGAGACCGUGAAACUGAUCAUCGACUAUUGUAAAUCGGCGGACAUCUCUGAACCGGAAGACGGCACGCCUCCAGACUUCAACGACACGAGUUGCCAAGCUCAGGGCACCAUACCACCGUUCAACGAGUAUCUGAACGUGAACGCGCCUCUCCAGAUCGGGGGUUUAUACGUCGAGCAGUUCGACCCGGCUCACUACAAAUGGAAGCACAUGCCAGUUGGCAAGGGUUUCGAUGGUUGCAUCAAGAAUCUAUUCCACAACAGCAAGCUUUAUGAUCUGGCUCAUCCGGGACUGUCGAGGAACAGCGUGGCCGGCUGCCCGCAGACCGAGGAAAUUUGCAACAACCAGGAAUCGACCUUCCGCUGCUGGGAACACGGCGCCUGCGUAGGAAGCUUCACCGAGGCCAGGUGCCAAUGCAACCCGGGCUGGACCGGUCCCGGAUGCAUGACGCCCACUAUACCGAGCACGUUCAGGCCGCAGAGUUACGUAAAAUACGCGUUGUCUUUCGACCCGGACAGAUACUCCACCCAAGUACAAUUGAGAUUCCGCACGCGGGAGAGGCACGGCGAAUUGUUCAGAGUCAGCGAUCAGCACAACAGAGAAUACGCCAUCCUGGAGAUCAAGGACAGCAAACUGCAUUUCCGGUACAAUUUGAACAGCUUGAGGACCGAGGAACGCGACAUAUGGCUGACGGCGAUAUCCGUCGACGAUGGACAAUGGCACACGGUCAGAGUGUCGAGAUAUGGAUCAGCUGCGACCUUGGAACUGGACGGUGGCGAAGGAAGAAGAUUCAACGAAACCUUCUCGUUCCAAGGACACCAAUGGUUGCUGGUCGAUAAGCAGGAGGGUGUCUUCGCUGGUGGUAAGGCCGAGUACACUGGAGUUCGUACGUUCGAAGUUUACGCAGAUUACGAGAAAGGAUGUCUCGAUGACAUAAGGCUCGAAGGAAAACAUCUUCCACUACCACCAGCUAUGAAUGGAACACAAUGGGGACAGGCAACUAUGGCAAGAAAUGUGGAGAAGAAUUGUCCCUCGAAUAAGCCAUGUGCCAACGUGAUUUGUCCAGAGCCAUUCGAGUGCAUCGAUCUAUGGAACCAAUACGACUGCACAUGCGGAGAAGGAAAGAUCCCAACGCACGACAGCAAGGGAUGCAUGGAUAAGAACGAAUGCAUAGACUAUCCUUGCCUGAACGGCGGUAGAUGCAUCAAUCAGGAUCCUCGCCUCCGGUACAGAUGCAUUUGCCCCGACGGUUUCUGGGGAGAGAACUGUGAGCUCGUUCAAGAGGGGCAGACAUUGAAACUUAGCAUGGGAGCCCUGGCAGCUAUUUUAGUCUGCCUUUUGAUUAUUCUUGUUCUUGUCCUAGUAUUUGUUGUCUACAAUAGAAGAAGGGAGUCGCAUAUUAAGUAUCCUGGCCCCGACGACGAUGUAAGGGAGAAUAUUAUUAAUUACGACGACGAGGGCGGCGGAGAAGAUGACAUGACCGCGUUCGAUAUUACCCCGCUUCAAAUUCCUAUCGGUGGUCCGAUACCAGAAAUGGGUGGGAAGUUACCACCAUGUAAAGUACCCUAUACGCUGGGUCCGGAACCGAAUGUGGGCAUCUUCAUAGAAGAUCAUAAAAAGAGGGCUGACAGUGAUCCGAACGCACCGCCGUUCGACGAUCUACGAAAUUACGCGUACGAGGGUGGCGGAAGCAUCGCAGGCUCGUUGUCCUCCUUAGCUUCCGGAACAGACGACGAGCAGCACGAGUACGAGUACUUAGGCGCGUGGGGUCCGAGAUUCGACAAGCUAGCCGAUAUGUACGGACCGGCGGAAGAAAGUGAAGAGGAAGACUAAAAGGAGCCGCAAAGAGUCCUUGAAACCGAUAAGCUCGUACGAUUCGUGCAACCUGUUAGUGUUCGCGUGAGCUUAAAACAAAAAUAAGAAUGAGAACGGAUUGUCUUCUGGGAAACACGUGCAACUCGAACAAACUUUCUAUAAAACGGGUAAACAAGAGAGCACGACUGCUACACCGAAGAAACAGUAACCAAAGUGUCGUUUUACGUUCCGCAACCAACAAACGGACAAUUUCGAGGUUUUCUUAGUCGAUCGAGCACGUUCUCCGCGCGCGUGCAACGCGUAAGCAACUUCCACGAUGCGCGCACGCGAGAAGAAGGACACAACGUCCGUGCGGUGUGCGCGAUUACGGGAAAGAGAGGCGAAGCUCAUCCCCUGGCUGACAACUGCAAAACGCAACCGCUCGCCGGUCCCUUUAAAAGGAGAUCGCAUUUUAUGCAACGUUCAAAUAAGAAACGAGCGAAGAUCGUCGCAAUAAAACGGAAGGAGCGUCUCUGUUGCGUCAUGAAACGUAGGCCAAGUCGCGUUACGACGCAUCGUAGGUGGCGCGCAACCCCUCGUCAAGGGUCGUAAUACCUAAUCUGUAUAGCACGUUACGCGUAUACGUAGUGAAUUCGCGCGUGCCUCAGCCCGCGCGCGAGACUUUUCUAUUAACGAGAUAAAUCUAUAUAUAUAAAUAUUAUAUAUAUAUAUAUACAUGCGCGACUCAUUAUUUUUAGUCACAGUCAUAUAGUUACUAUUUAUUGAUCGGUAUUCGAUCGGGUUCGAUCGCACCGACGUCGGCGUGUGACAGCGUCGGUCCCACCGGAAUCCGUAUUGUAUUCGUGAACACUGCUCAUGUUAUCUAAAUAUUACUGCCAGCCGUGCGCGUUCACCGUCGUUUCCGUUCUCCAGUCGUUCACACACGCAACGUUUUUUAACGCACAUCGCGGACCGUCUGAUGAUCUAGGCGCGUUCCCCGUGCCGCGUAAUUUUAAGGGCAUUUCUCAUUUUAUCCGUCUAUUAAUCCCCGACGUUCGCAUGUCUCGGACUAUCAGCGUUUCGAACGUUCGACCGGCGCGAUUCAGUUCUGUUGAUUACCGUAAACGCGCAUCGGCUACGAAGGCCGGUCCCCGUGUCAACGCACCACGAGGACUCGUAAUAUCGACGUUGUUUCAGUGUAACGGGAAAAUGAAGACUUGAUGGGGACGAUCCUAACUAAUUGGUGGUCUGUCGUAUUAAGACAAGAGUUACGGUUUGUCGGAACGGGUGAGUGAGACAAUUUAGUUGUUCGUCGAGUCGUGAACCAUCUUCAUCGUUGUCAUCGUCAGAAUCACUCACAUCACCAGCAUCCUCAUUAAUUAUUGAUAGUAUUAUUAUUGAUAUUACAAUAAAUAAUAAAUAUAUAUAUAUAUUAUAAAUAUGGAUUUA